CGUGGCGCGGCGGGGCGGGGAGGGGCGGGGCUUCCGCCUGCGCAAAGCCUCGCCGGGCCGCUCGGAGGCGCCAGGCACAGUCGGGAGUUCGCGCCAGCUGCAGCCGCCCUCGCGGCCCGAUGAGGGGGGCGAUGGAGUUGGAGCCUGAGCUGCUGCUGCAGGAGGCCCGCGAGAGCGUGGAAGCGGCGCAGAGCUAUCGGCGGGAGCUGGGUCACCGGCUUGAGGGGCUGCGGGAGGCGCGGAGGCAGAUCAAAGAGAGUGCAUCACAGACAAGGGAUGUUCUCAAACAGCAUUUUAAUGAUUUAAAGGGAACCCUUGGGAAGCUCCUGGAUGAGCGAUUGGUGACCCUUUUGCAAGAGGUGGACACCAUUGAACAGGAGACCAUUAAACCACUAGAUGACUGCCAGAAGCUCAUAGAACAUGGAGUCACCACUGCAGAAGACUUAGUCCGAGAAGGUGAGAUCGCCAUGCUUGAUGGUGUAGGAGAAGAGAAUGAGAAACUGUGGAGCUUUACCAAAAAGGCCUCGCACAUUCAGUUGGACAGCUUGCCAGAAGUACCUUUACUGGUUGAUGUGCCUUGUUUAUCUGCUCAGUUGGAUGACUCAAUUCUUAACAUAGUGAAAGACCACAUUUUUAAGCAUGGAACAGUAGCAUCUCGCCCACCAGUACAGAUUGAAGAACUAAUAGAGAAACCUGGAGGCAUCAUUGUACGAUGGUGUAAGGUGGAUGAUGACUUUACAGCCCAAGAUUAUAGGCUCCAGUUUCGUAAAUCUACUUCAAAUCAUUUUGAGGAUGUAUAUGUAGGUUCUGAAACUGAAUUCAUAGUAUUGCACAUAGACCCCAAUGUUGAUUAUCAGUUCAGAGUCUGUGCCCGAGGAGACGGCCGACAGGAGUGGAGUCCUUGGAGCGUCCCCCAGAUAGGUCAUUCUACAUUGGUGCCUCAUGAGUGGACAGCUGGCUUUGAGGGGUACAGUCUGAGCAGUCGAAGAAAUAUAGCACUCCGGAACGAUUCUGAAUCAUCAGGUGUUCUCUACUCCAGAGCUCCAACUUAUUUCUGUGGGCAGACAUUAACAUUCAGAGUUGAAACUGUGGGACAACCAGACAGAAGAGAUAGCAUAGGAGUGUGUGCAGAAAAACAGGAUGGAUAUGACUCUCUGCAGCGGGAUCAAGCUGUGUGCAUUAGUACAAAUGGAACAGUUUUUGUCAAUGGAAAAGAAAUGACAAAUCAGUUACCUGCAGUUACUUCUGGGUCCACUGUCACAUUUGACAUUGAAGCCGUGACUCUAGGAACCACCAAUAAUAGUGAAGGUGGAAACUUCAAGCUUCGAGUAACUAUAAGUUCAAAUAACAGAGAAGUGGUUUUUGAUUGGUUACUUGAUCAAUCUUGUGGUUCUCUUUACUUUGGAUGCUCAUUUUUCUAUCCUGGAUGGAAAGUGUUAGUGUUUUAGAUGUUUGAGUGCUUGGCUUUUGUUUUCAGGGUUUAACCUAGCUGUCUGCAGCCCAGUGUGAUUGUAAUCGCUUUUUUUUUGUAAAGUUGAAUUCAUCUCUAACCUAGGCCAUUGGAUAUGGAAAGUGUUUACUGGAUUCAUUUUGUAAUAUUUUAGCAAAAAGAGACUUAAAUGUUGUGGACAAAAUCAUAAUUCAGUCAAUUUUUUUUAGCAUACUGUUAACUAAAGUAUUACAUCAUAAUAAAAACCAAAUUGGCUUUAAAAGUAUGAGAAGAUGUAGAAAGUUCUAUACCCUUCCACUGUACUUCUUAAAGUUGGUUAUUAGACCAGGAAAACUUAAUGUAAUAUUAUUUUUUAAAUCAUCAUAAAGGAUCCAAGUCUCUUUAGAAUAAUACAAGAGGAAGAGAUCAGAAGCUGUGUAAUGUAUUACUUUGCUCAUAUGCUGUCCACAUGAAUGUGUUGACUGUGCUCUCCAUGUUCAGGUAUUUGUAAGCAGUGUUGACUUUUAUCCCAUCUUCAAUAAUCUUUAGGUCCCUAAAACAUUAUUAUUUUUUCUUUUUUUCACGGUGGGGGUGGGAGGGUGGGGAUGGAGUCUUGCCCUUGUCACCCAGCCUGGAUGAAAUGGCGUGAUCUCAGCUCACUGCAACCUCUGGCUCCCAGGUUCAAGUGAUCCUUCUGCCUCAGCCUCCCAAGUAGCUGGGAUUACAGGUGCCUGCCACCACACCUGGCUAAUUUUUUUAUUUUUAGUAGAUACGGUGUUUCACCAUGUUAGCCAGGCUGGUCUCAAACUCCUAGCCUCAGGUGAUCCACCCACCUCAUCCUCCCAAAGUGCUGGGAUUACAGGUGUGAGCCACUGUACCUGACCAAGUUUUGCAUUUUUUAAAAAUGCCUGAGCGAGUGUCUGUAAUAGGCAAGUAUUACCUUUUGUUCUUCCGUUGCAGUUUGAAUCAGUAUAGGCUAUACAGUAUUUUUUAAAUUUAAUUAUUUUUUUUUUUAGAUGAAGUCUUGCUCUGUCACCCAGGCUGGAGUGCAGUGGCACGAUCUCAGCUCACUGCAACCUCUGCCCACCAGGUUCAAGCAGUUCUCCUGCCUCAGCCUCCUAAGUGGCUGGGACGACAGGCACCCACCAUCACACUAGGCUAAUUUUUUUGUAUUUUUAGUAGAGAUGAGGUUCACCAUGUCAGUCAGGCUGGUCUCCAACUCCUGACCUCAAAUGAUCCGCCCACCUCCACCUCCCAAAGUGCUGGGAUUACAGGCAUGAGCUACCCUGCCCAGCCUAGGCUACAGUAUUUUUACAGGGUAAAGCUACUUAUGGAAGUAGUAUGCACAGGAGUGUUAGCCAUUUCGAAUGUAUGAAUUAUGCCCAUGUGUGUAUCCAACCUGCCUGUGACAUGCAUUUUACUCUUUGCAGAGUAUGACCUGUAGUCCAGUUUAAUGUCAGUUUGAUAAGUGGUCUCUUAGCAGACCAAAAAAAUAUAGGAAAUAACCUAUUUUUUUCAAAAACUUAAAUUCGUGUGUAAAAUAUUUAUUUGAAAGACUUUAAUAUGUAAAAGCAAUUGUCUUGCUAUGCCAGCCUAAAGAUUUUAUUUUAAUGUGAAUUAUUUUUUUCAUUUUUACCAGUAGUAAAAAAAUAGAAAAGCAAGUAUGAUAUUUUUGUAAGAUAAUUUAUUUGGGAAUUCAUGUUCCCUGUUAGACAAUCAUAACCUUUUCUCCUUGUCUUUUUAUGUAUAAGUAAGUAGAUUUUCACUUGUUUAGGGAUUAAGAAGAUGUUCCAGAAUGUAGAUACCAUUGUCACCCAGAAUCCAUCCAUCAGAAUCAAAAUAAAAAACUAAAAGCUCAA